UUGUAUGCCGACUGCUUCGAGGAUAUGGAAACAGAAAUGAGUGAUGUGGCGAUUAUUUGAAAACUCAGAUUAUGCAUCAUGGUUUGAUCCUCCUGAGAAGAUUUUUUAAUUUAAGACUUCCUUGUUUCUUCAACUGUCGACAGAUGUGGUGGAAACUUCAGGCUCAAGGCUUGUUCACAAGGGUCAAUUCCUUGAACAGGUCCAGGAAACUUGUGUUGGCUCUGCUUGUUGUGUGCAUAUUUCUCUACUACAUCUUAAGUUCCUGGUUUAGCACUGAGAGACAACACACUAUUGCACCAGAUAAUCUUGAAUUUUGUUUGCAAGAAAAAGUGGAGAGAUUUUCAGAUGCCAUUGAUAGAUAUGAUGUUUUUCUUAAUCAAGAAAACCAAGAAGUAACAUAUCCUCCAUAUGUUGGAAAUGGAAAAAUAGCAGCUUCGCUGGACAGUGAUUCAGGGCUUUUCAUUAGACUUAAUAGGGCCCUGUCUCUAUCUGUAAAAUACUACCCGGUGGUGUCUACAAAGAUCAUCAAUGCCAAGGCAAAAGAGGCAACUUUAUUGAAUAUAAGAGAGGGUAUUGCCUACAAACUCCAGACAGUUCAAACUGGAGGAUGGAGAAGCAAGUGUAACUAUGUGGAGAGUAGGGUUUACGCCCACAGGGCGCGCCCCUCUGUUCUGGUCCAGGACAUCAGGAUCUCUAAUCCCAGUAAAAGACCAUUGUUCAUUGAGUUUGAACAGGUUGGCCAGUUCAACUGGAAAGACUCUCGGACAUCUACAAAAACGGAGACCGUGGGGGGACAGUCGGUCAGCAUGGAGGUGUCGGAGGGGGAGGUCAACCUCCCUGACAACAAAUAUCACGUGUAUGCUGUGGUGGCCUCUGUCAAAGUGCCCAAAAACACAUUCACCAUCAAGUCAAAAGAGACCAAACAAUACCAAGUUUUAACUGUUGUGAAUUACACAAAACCAUACGAGAAAAAGACAGAGGUACAGACCUCCAUUAUGUCAGCUGGUGUGCUCAGGGAGCUUAAAGAUGUGUUGAAUAUAGGAACAACAUCAUUACAAGCUGAGCAUGUAAAGGUUUGGAAUAAGCUUUGGGAGAGUGGUUUCGGUAUUAGCCACUCCAAAGCCCAGGGAGCGCUGAACGCAGACAAAAUCAACACCACCAUCUAUUAUGUACUGAGUAAUGUGGCGGCCCCUCUCCAUGAUAUAGGGGUCUCCCCCACGGAACGCACCAAAAUUAAGCAAGUUCUUCAUUAUCCCGACAGGUGCUACAAUGGACAUUCCACGCUGCUUGCUAACACUUUGUGGGCGGAUGUCUCGGAUGAGGAGGACAUCGCUAGAGUGUCCACGACGUGGAUGAUCACACUAGAGAAGAUGGGCUGUGACUUCAUGGUCCGAUCAGGAGCAGAGGGAGUUCUCCAGGCCAUGCUGUUAAGCAUGGGAUCAUUCCGAUUCGGCGACAGCCAUUUGGAAUUCAAGAUGGAGCCUAAGGAUCUCCAUAGGGACUUGUUUUUCCACCGUAUUAAUUACGGCAAUAACACACAUCUUAACAUAUCUGUGAUAGUGGGAGAUGACAAUAAAGCAAAUAUUUAUGUUGCUCUGGAUCGUAACGAUCGGCCAUAUUAUGCCUGUGAUGCGGGAUGUAUUGAUUCACCUAUGCAAUUAUCACGGAAAGUUCAGCAGUUUCCAGUGAAGCUUACGGAACCACUGACGGCCAUUUUGUACAUAACAGCUGAUAAGUUUCACAUGGAGGACCUCAAGCAUGUCCUUCAUCUGCAGUCUGUUAAAGAGGCUCCCCCACAUGAACACCAUGUGAUUGCCUUGCACAAACAUGGCCACCAUUUUGGAGGCUUGCCUCUGAUAUUCUGGAUCUCAUUAGCGUUUUUAGUGAUCAUUUUCCACCUUUUCUUGGUCAAGUUGAUUGUGAACGAGUAUUGUCAAGGACAGGAAAGGUUCACGGCCGGACGCAGGAAAGGCUACAACCUGUGAAUGGGGUGGGGGGAAGAAUGACUGUAAGAUCCAUUCCAUCAGGUGCCAGAGUUAUUGCUCUUGAUUGAUGUUAGAUUGUGGGAUUGGGGCUACAGAGUAUAUUGUUAAAGUUGCGAUGGGGGAUCAGGUGCCAUUGGCAGUAUUCUGUGUUUGAUCCCAUUUAAGUGUGGGAUUAGUUAUAACUGUAGCUUCUUGUUUGGAACUUGUUUGUGGGAUUGGGCUUCAUUGUUAUAAGUGUUGGAUUGUGGGAUCAGGUGCCAUUUACUCAGUGUUUGAUUCUCAUGUUCAGUGUUUGAUUGCAUUUCGAUUGUGGAAUUACACAUCAGAGUUAUACAUGUAGGUUAAGAAUUGUGUGUGAUUAAAGGAUCAUGUAGGCUUCAAAGGUAAAGAGUGGUGUCAAAGUUUUCGUGAAUGAUUGUUUUACACAUGGCAUGGAAGUAAUUCAGUUUGAUGCAUAGUUGUGGGAUCAUAAGUUUAUCACAUGCAUUUGACAACUGUUUAAAUGUGCUCCUACAUUAGAUGUGGUAUCGGACACCAAAGUUUUAUCUCUUGAUUAGCAGGAUGAAAAACCACAUUUAAAAAUGGGUUAAUAUUUGAUUUUGGGAUCAGCCAUCAGUUAUAAAUCUUGAGUAGAUCAUUUGGAGAUAAAACUUGAAGACAAGAUUUGAACCAAAAGUAUCACUUUUUGAAAAUUAAAUUCAUGUACUUUUAUUUUUAUUUUGUGCCUUUGAAAUACAAAGAAAAGUUGAAGCUCCUAACAAAAUAUAUGAUAUAUUAUCUACAAUAUUUCAGUUUGCCAUUAGUCAUGAGCAAAGGUGAUUUUUUUUAUUUUUCAAACUACAAAUACUUGUAAGUACAUAUAGGUAAAUAAAGAAUGUGAAUUUCCUUAAAUUAUUUCAAACAGUAAGUUGACAGAAAGUUUGACCUAUUAUUAUGGCCCUGGAAUUGGGUCUAAUAUAUAUUCUUUUGUUGCCCUCUAUGUCUUUCCAUCAUGCUUACAAUGAGACUACAAAUGGAAGAGAGUAGACAAUCUCUGUGGACAGUUUGGUCCAAACUUAAUCAUACCAUUCCAGUCUGGUUUUGUUUAUCUGUGUACAUUGUAUUUUUUGCUUCUUUAUGGUAACAUUUUGAAUAUGACGUACAUGUUGCCAUCUGUUAGUUAUAAGAGUGUGUUUUUUAGUAUGGAAAUGCUUGCACAUGAGUGAAUCAAGAAAUUACUUUGAAUAUUAAUGAUAUUUUGCAUACAUGUAUUCAGAAUACCAAUCUACAUGUACAUGUUGUCCAUGUAUUACACUUAACAGAGUGCAUGUCUAAUGUCUUGAAUCUUGCAGUAUCUGUAUUUACAGGUGCUGCAAAAUCUUAUGAGAAAUCAUAAGUACUCUUGCUCCAUUUGUUUCCAUUGCAUUGUUUUUUGGAGAUUUUAAACUGUUGUGUCCAGUGCUAAUGAAUGAUUAGAUGUUACAUUGUUGAAUUUGACAUCAUAUUGACACAUAAAGAUGAAUGUGUAACAUUAAAGUUACAUAUUAUCUCUUACUUUGAAAAGGACAAUGUUUAGAAAAAGAAAACAAUAAUGAAGCAAUAAAUCUAGGUCCCCUAUACAUGUAUAUACUGUAUAUACUGUAAACCAACUUUUAAUCGCAUGUGAGAAAUUUUCACGAGGUUCACAAGAGCCUCACUGUCGCAAUAUUUCUUGUUUCGGACUAGUAUUUGCCAUAUUUUUGUAAUAAAAAAAAAAAAACCAGGUGUGGAUAAGGCUUGGUCGCAAAAAUUUGUCACUGCAAUUCAGUUCAUCUCAGGUAAAUCGUAAAAUAAAGUCAUCGCGAAUAAUAGUUUGUUCACAGUACCUUUUCUAGUCCAUAUAUACUUGCGGCUGUUGGUCUGUCAGUGCAUGUACAGGUACGUGUAACAUUUUAAGAUUAUUAUUUUUGUUCAAUCAAAUUAGUGCUAGCCUAUAGUUUUAGUAUUUUUAAUCUACCAUUAACAUCUGCAAUGAUAUUAUCCUCGCAUAUAUUUAAAGUAGAUUAUUAACAAGGGGAAUGUCAAAUAUAAAUCAAGCAGGGGUGUAUUGCAAUGUGUUUACAUGUAUUCAAUUUUGCUUCAAAUGAUGUUGGUUUUUUUUAAAAUCAAAUACUACUGAAUACAUUUAUAUGUAUCAGUGGUUUGAUAUGUUUUCUUGGAGAUAAAAAUAAAUAAUUGAUAAUUGUAAAAUCCAAAUUCAUUUAAAAGCAUAAUAAUUUUUAUGUUUUAUAAUCAGUGUAUGUAUGCAUUACACUCUAUGGAGUCAUGUUACAACAUUAUACGAGUAUGUAAACUGUUAUGUCAAAUAAGGACAAAUAGGUCAAAAAAUGACAUUCUGAUGACAAACCAAAACAGCUAAAUCAUUUAUCCAGCCAAUAUUGGGACACAAUUAUUCAUGUGUGGAGUCAUUCCCAAACAAACAUGAUCAGAAAACCAAAAUCGGUCAUGCAUAUCCUUACUGAAUUAUCCAAGACUAACGAGAGUUCCCUUUGUUGGCUUUUAAAUAUGUCCUCAAAACCUUAAAGUAGAAUUGAAUUUUUAUUUU